GAGUUACACAGACAGACAGCAGUGAGCAAUGUGAGAGCUGUCUGUAGCUGUCAUCAGAGCUUCCCUGUCUGGGGUAUACUAUGGAUCUGUGCUGAAUGUCCUCAUUCUGCCCCUUUCACUUUACAAGAUAUGGGGCUGUGGGAUUCAUCUCAUGGUGUCACAUGUGCAAGGACUAAGUAAUCCCGUACGUCACACAGAUGUGUCCUAAAAAACAAACAUUUCAUCUGAGCUGAUUAAACUGAACAUGGAUGAAAAUGAGGAUGAUAAACAUGGCCAGGCUGGGCAGCUUUUUGAGAACUUUGUCCAAGCUACAACAUGUAAAGGUACCCUGCAAGCCUUUAAUAUCCUGACUCGCCAACUCGAGCUGGACACUCGAGAUCAUAGACACUUUUACUCAAAGCUCAAAUCUAAAGUGACAAGCUGGAAAGCCAAGGCUCUGUGGAACAAACUUGAUAAGAAAAACGGCCAUAAAGAAUAUAAGAAAGGGAAAACGUGCAUUGGAACAAAGUGUUUAAUAAUAGGUGGAGGCCCCUGUGGUCUGAGGACGGCGAUAGAGCUCGCCAGCUUAGGAGCCAAAGUAGUAGUGGUAGAAAAGAGAGACACAUUUUCAAGAAACAAUGUUCUUCACUUGUGGCCGUAUACAAUUCAUGAUCUUCGCUGUCUUGGAGCCAAAAAAUUCUACGGGAAGUUCUGUGCCGGGGCAAUUGACCACAUAAGUAUCUGGCAGCUCCAGCUUAUGCUUUUUAAGAUCGCCCUUUUGCACGGAAUAGAAAUUCAUGUGAAUGUGGAAUUCGUUAAACUACUGGAGCCACCCGAAGAUCAAGAGAAUCGAAAAAUUGGUUGGAGGGCAGAAUUUCUGCCUCAAGAUCACCCCUUAUCAGAAUAUGAGUUUGAUGUGAUCAUCGGGGCGGACGGACGUAGAAACACGUUGGAAGGAUUUCGAAGGAAAGAGUUCAGAGGAAAACUAGCUAUUGCCAUAACUGCCAACUUUAUCAAUAGAAAUACAACUGCUGAAGCCAAGGUUGAAGAAAUCAGUGGUGUUGCCUUUAUUUUCAAUCAAAAGUUCUUUCAAGACCUGAAGGAAGAAACAGGAAUUGAUCUGGAGAAUAUUGUGUACUACAAGGACAGCACACAUUACUUUGUCAUGACGGCAAAAAAACAGAGCCUUUUGGAUAAAGGAGUCAUUAUAAAUGACUAUGUUGAUGCGGAGAUGCUUCUAUGCGCAGAAAAUGUAAACCAGGACAACUUGCAAUCGUACGCAAGAGAAGCUGCAGACUUCGCAACCAAUUACCAACUGCCAUCUUUAGAUUUUGCUAUUAACCAUUAUGGUCAGCCAGAUGUUGCGAUGUUUGACUUUACCUCAAUGUAUGCUUCUGAAAACGCAGCCCUCAUCCGUGAACGACAUGGGCACCAUCUUUUGGUGGCGCUGGUUGGCGACAGCUUACUGGAGCCUUUCUGGCCAAUGGGAACAGGUUGCGCCCGAGGAUUCCUGGCUGCUUUUGAUACCGCGUGGAUGGUGAAGAGCUGGGCGCAGGGAAAUCCACCAUUGGAGAUUAUUGCAGAACGAGAGAGUCUGUAUCGGCUGCUACCACAAACCACACCCGAAAACAUCAGCAAAAACUUUGACCAGUACACUAUCGAUCCGGGCACUCGAUAUCCGAACCUCAAUUCCAGCUGUGUCCGACCGCACCAGGUGAAACAUUUAUAUAUAACCAGUGAAUUACAGAGCUUCCCACUGGAAAGGUCUGGCUCCAUCAGAAGAUCCGUAGGUCUUUCUAGACAUGAGUCAGACAUUAGACCCAACAAGCUAUUGACUUGGUGUCAGAAACAAACUGAGGGCUACCCAAAUGUCAAAGUGACAGACGUAACUACCUCUUGGAAGAGUGGCCUGGCCCUGUGCGCACUCAUACACCACUUCAGGCCAGAACUCAUUGACUUUGGCUCAUUGAACGAAGAGGAUGCCGUGCGGAAUAACCAGCUGGCGUUUGAUAUUGCAGAGAAAGAGUUUGGAAUCUCUCCCAUCACUACGGGAAAAGAGAUGUCUUCCAGCGGGGAGCCAGACAAACUCAGCAUGGUUAUGUACCUCUCUAAAUUUUAUGAAUUAUUCAGAGGGACACCUCUAAGGCCAGUUGAUACCGCAAGCAAAGAUAACGGAGAGAACGGAGAUGCGUAUCCACCCAGACACUCUAACUUAAGUUUCAAUAAUUACAUCAACUUAUCGUUACCAAGAAAGAGGAUACCAAAGGUUGAAAAGAAAUUGGAAGAAAAUGACUUGAAUAAGAGAAGGCGGAAAGGUUUAAAUUACUUUGAAGAGCUCGAAAGUUAUAAAAAUAAAAGCAUUGGGGCUGGAACAGAAUGUAGUGACACCAAGGAAGUUAUUAAUCAAAACAAAGUCAAGUCAAUGGCUACGCAGCUACUUGCUAAGUUUGAAGAAAAUGCGCCUAAUACAUCUCUACGCAGACAGCAGGCAUUAGCCUCUUCUGAUGUAAAUCAGGCAGUAACAGGGGUUUGUGCACUCGAUACUCCUCCUCCGCCUGUUAACCCUCGCUUUGCUAAACCCGUGGAGCCAUCCCCGUGCAUAUCCCAACCCGAACCGAAAAGGCAGUUUCAGGCAGUAGCUAGGACUUCUCAGGCUGCCAGGGCACCCAACACAGUCUUGCCUGGAUCAGUUACUUUGAGCAGGGAGCCUCAUCACAUAGAGAAAACCGACCUCCCUCGCCAAAAGCAAAGUCUUGACCACCAGGACUCUCUUAUAUCUGCUUGUCCUUCUGCUCUAGUACUUUCUGGUAUUCUUGAACGUCUCCAGCACAUUGAGGAAAAAGCUGAGCAGAAGAGAACUCAGAGUUUAGCAAACAGAGAAUUUCAUAGAAAGAAUAUAAAAGAGAAGGCUGCUCACCUUGCAUCAAUGUUCGGAUGCAUAGAGUUUCCCCAGAACAAAGUUCCCUCCCCUGGCUUAUCCCAUUUUGCAUCUAAAAUCCCCCAGUAUGCUACCCAGGUUCAUCAUUCAGCUGUUCCUCCAUCUGCUACUGACUCAACUUCUACCUCUUCUUCCCCUAAAACCAAGAUAAUAGCAUUAAAUGGAAGAAGUGACAAUACUACUGUUAAACAAAAGUUAUCUUUUCCGGACCCUGGACAGAUGACUGUAGGAAAAGUUUCCAGGGGCAUAGGUGCUGUGGCUGAAGUUCUUGUUGAUCUUUAUAUGAAUGACCAUAGGCCCAAACCCAAAUCUGUGUCUUCAGAGAUUCAGAAUCCUUUGGAUGGGACUUCAGCUUGUCUUUUUGUGGAAUCUUCUUCUUCUUCUUCUUCCUAUAUCUGUCCUCUUCAGAAGGGAUCUCUUAAAAAAGAAUUUCCUCCAAAUAUCGGAGGCAGUGACAUCUGCUAUUUCUGCAAGCGACGAGUAUAUGUAGUGGAGCGUCUAAGCGCAGAAGGACACUUCUUUCAUAGAGAGUGCUUCAAAUGUUCCUUUUGUUCAACAAGUCUUCGUCUUGGGAAUUAUGUCUUUAAUCUGGAAGAAGGUAAAUUUUACUGCCAGCCACACUUCAUGCAUUCUUUCUCAAGUAAUAAACAAAGAAAAAGACGAACAGAAUCAAACAUGCAGGAAGAAGAUAAAACGUGGAAGAGUGAAGGUUCUAGACUGCCUGAGGUCACUAUAGACAGUCCAUACAGUGCUUCCAGUAGUUCAGAGGAAAGCUCACCAGUUAAUUUCAACAUUCCAGUACUACACCCACUUCAAACAAAAUUAAAGGUCUCCAAAUGGAGGAAGCAACCAAGUGCAGAUAUGGAACCAGUUCCCCUUACUCCUUUGACCCUUCCUCCCACUGGGACAAAUACCAUUGAACACGACCCGGAUGCAGGAGCACAAGCCCGUGGGGCCCAGAUCGGCACAGUCACGUACACCCCAGAUGAUGCGGCAAGAAUCCUGUUCGCCCCUAUCAGCAGAGCAACGACUGUAAUAGAGGAAGUCACCACAAUACUCAAUAAGGUUAAAAAUGAGAUAGUGGCAUUUGAACUAAUACAUAAUGAAACACUUGCAGCAGAUCAGCAAGAGAACUGGCUCACCAAAUUACAGCAACAAGUUGAUAAAUAUAAAACCGAAUUAGCAGUAUUCAAAAAUAGAAAACUUGAGUCAGUGAAAGCAGACUACAGUAAUGGUAGAGUCUAUAAGUGGUUAACUAGUUCCUCAGAAGCAGAGAGUUCCAUGCUGAAUAAAGGUCUAUCAUUCAUACCUAGUCACACGACCAAUGAAAUGGACCUUAAACUAGACUUGUAUAAGUUAAACCGUACAAUGAAAAUUAAAGAAUAUUUUCAAAACGCCCCAAUUAGACCAGAAUUUACUGAUCCUAUCCAUAAGUGCAAAAAGCCCAGUACAUUUGAGCCAACAAACAGUAGUGCUAGCACCAAGACCUUUAUGAGGCUAGUAGCACAGGAUAUGGAAACACAGAUCAAGUCCAAUAAAUGGAGACACAACCUCACAGACACAGAAAGAGCAGCUAUCAAAACUUUACAAAAUGACCAUGCUCUGGUCAUCCGCCCUGCGGACAAAGGCGGGGCAAUAGUCCUAAUGAAUUAUGAGGAUUAUAAAGAGGACAUACUUAUGCAAUUGACUGACAACAACACCUAUAGUAAGCUACUAGGUGACCCUACGGUCAAAUACAAGCAAGAACUGGAUAUACUGUUCACUGAGUACCAAAGUUACCCAUAUGAAGACAUGGGUCUGGGAAAAUGUUCUUGGCCUUGGUCACAGAAAAAGCCAUUGGUAAAGCCUACUUUCCAAAGAUGCAAACAUGUUGAAUUGAAAUAUGACUUAACGUUCAGUGACACCAUCAGUAUUACAAAUAAAGGCAUAUCUGAUGAACCAACCUCACCCAAGAAAUACAGAAGUGAUCGCUUGUCCAGUAAGAGAAGACGUUCAUCUCUGUCUGAGUGGAAAUCCGUAACGAUUGGUGCAGGAGAAUCAACAGCAGAUCACAACCUAUUGGCCGUGCGGGUUAUGGUUCUUAGUGAUGAAAGCAGCUCAGACAUGGAAUUCGAGACCUCUAGAGAGAGUUCUAACUGUGACAGGAGGAACGUCUCGCAAUACUCAUCUCCAGUGGGAUUGGAUAAGGAAUCUGCCCCUGCAGCCCCCACAGCAAACAACAGUGAUAUGAAGCAAGUCAGCAACAGUAAUGUGUCCAAAGCUGCUGAUGCUCUGCUCCGUGCUAGCAAUUUGCAGUCCGUCUCAUCUAACAAGACUCAGAGAUGGAGAAGGAAGAUUCAGUCAACAUUUCCUUUACUUACACGGAAAAAAUCAAUACAAAGCCCCCCAAAUUCUCCAGAAAAUGAGGUGUUUUCCAGCAACACAUCACCUGAAGAUUUUACGACAACUCACCCAUUAAGUAAUAUAAAUGACUUUGAGGAGCUAUUCCAUGAAAUUCCAUCUUAUGUGCCCCAUCACACAGUAUUACUUACAACACAUGAGUAUGGGGCAACUAGAACUCCUAAGUGUGACGCCAAUGGACAGAGUUCCUACUACAGAAGUGAACAUGAUGAAUUCAGACAAGGCUAUUUUGAAAAUGUGCACAGUUAUCCAUCAGUGUAUGUCAAUGAUUAUUCUGAUGUGUUUGAAAAAGAAGUGACAACAGAUCAAACAAGAAUGAAGGAUGAUUUACAGCAAGAGUCAAAUAAUCUAAAAGCCCCAUCACUUAAAAAACUGAUUCUUUCUAACGAGGAAAAAUCAAAACUUCUAGAUUGGAGUUACUCAAACCCAAAACAGCCCACCACAAAGCAAGAUGAAAAACUAUCUACCCAAGUAAAUCAUGAUCCUCAAGGGGAAUCUGAGAACAAAAAUAAAUCUGCAUUUAGUAUACUGUCAAAUGCAAUUAAAAGAUCAUUUACACGUUCUGUAAGUUCUACUUCAGAAAUCCCUAAACCAGUGUCAGUUCAGAAGACCAAACCGGUUUCACCAAGCAGUUAUUUUGACAUUGCUAGUCCAUUUUUUAGAAGGAGCCGCAGUAACACAGAACAUUCAACCAAUGGCAAAGAAAUGGACAUCUUGCCAAACCAGACCCAUUAUUUAUUGACUCAUAAUGAGUUUGUGAAGAAUGACUUCAAUGCAAAGGAAUUUUUACCAGGUCUUUCAACUUUCCAGAAAACAAACCACGACUCUUCAGCUACCAACAAAGUAGAAGAUUUUAUGCCAAAAAUGUUGGCAAAAUUCACUAUUAAAGAGAAUCAAAACAACAGCACAAACCAUAAUCCACCUUUUAGAAGUAGGACAAAUUCAUUUUUCUCAUCAUUGAGGCUCAAAACCAAAGCUUCUGAGACUGACAUUCCAAAUGACACGUGGUUUAAUAGCAUUCGAAGAAUAGUGAAUGACAAGGAUAGCAGUGAAAAAGUACUGAAAACAAGCCCAAAUAUUUACAACCCAAUUCCAGUUCAACACCAAGGGAACUCAUAUAAGGCAGAGAGGACAGCAGUGUCUGAUUACUCAAGCUCGUCUGAUGAUGAAUUUAAGUAUAGACGUUCAGCUUCUCUGAAGUCCACAAGAGCUUCAAGAAACCAAAGGAAACUAGAACGAGAAGCCAAACAGAAGGCAAAACAAGAGGAGCUGAAAAGACUCCACAAGGCACAGACGAUUCAACGUCAGCUGCAGGAGGUUGAAGAGAAGCAGCGAGCACUUGAGAUUCAAGGGGUUAAACUGGAAAAAGCAUUGCGAGGCGAAUCAGAUUCACAUACACAGGGCGAAGCACAGCUUCUUCAUGAAUGGUUUCAGCUCGCUUUGGAGAAAAACAAAUUGAAUCGUUAUGAGUCGGAGCUGUUGAUCGUUGCCAAAGAACUAGACCUUGAAGAUCAACAAGGGCGAUUAGAGCAAAAACUGAGAGAGAAAAUGCUUAUUGACCCCACCUUGAAAACUCAACAAGAUAACCACGAAGAGGAAGAAAUGUUUGCCGAGAUGAUGAAAAUUCUAGAAAAGAGAGAUCAACUUGUGACUCGCAUCGAAGAACAACGACUCAGACACAACAAAGAGGAAGAGAAAUUGGAACGCAUGCAACUACCCAAAGAUUGUCAAAUAAAAAUGGACGUUAUCAAUAACAGAAGAAUUGUAUAAAAAUACUUUGAUGCAAACGGAAAAAAAUAAUAAUGUAGCAAUUAUUAUCGGUUAUUUGUAGAGCGCCAACAGAUUCCGCAGCGCUUCGCAAUAGUAGUGUUUUUGUGGACACUAGUUUUGUGAGUUUUUAUCCAUUUAGGACCAAUGGGAUACAAUGCGACCAUGACUUGUAUUUCCGAAAUUUUAUAAUUAAAGGGUGAGCACAUGGUAA